GUAGAAAUAGGAAUGGGAAGUGGUGAUAAAACUGCUACAUCAAGGAAACGCACUUUCGAGUGCAAAUGUCCAUCUGGAUACAGCGGACCGCUUUGUGACAACCUGGAUGUUUCAGGAUCAGGGGAUUUAUCAGGAUCUGGCGAAUCUGGAUCUGGCGAAUCUGGAUCAGGAGUAAAUGUCGUGGAUGUUUCGGGAUCAGGAGAUUUAUCAGCAUCUGGAGAAUCUGGAUCUGGCGAAUCUGGAUCAGGAGUACCUGUUGUGGAUAUUUCAGGAUCAGGAGAUUUAUCUGGAUCUGGCGAAUCUGGAUCAGGAGUAAAUGUCGUGGAUGUUUCGGGAUCAGGAGAUUUAUCAGGAUCUGGCGAAUCUGGAUCGGGAGUAACUGUGGUGGAUGUUUCCGGAUCGGGAGAUUCAUCAGGAUCUGGCGAAUCUGGAUCUACUGAUGAUGAUUUAUCUGGCUCUGGUAGUGGUAAGUUUAAUCAAUAUCAUUAUUGGAUCAGUAGAAAACUUAGAUUUAGUACGAAGAAAAUCUGAAAGCAGAGAA